UAUUUUUCAUGCUCUGUUGCUCACUAAUAUGGCUAUUGUCAGCAUCCUUCUCAUCUUUGCUGGUCUCACAGGUAUUCACAGUAUAAGUACAGUCAGUCGGGUAACAGUGGAAGAAGGAGGUUCCAUCUCUAUCCCAUGUUUCUACGAGUUAACGUACACAGACCAUGUGAAAUAUCUGUGUAAAGGAUGUACCUGGGACGACUGCACAUAUGAAAUUAAAACAGAUUGGGAAAAUUCAACAAAGUAUUCGAUCUCUGACAACAAAAACCAAAGAAUGGUUACGUUCAUUAUUAAUGAUUUGAAGACAGAGGACUCAAAUUGUUACUGGUGUAGCGCAGAGAAAACAUUUGCUGAUGAUAAAACAGAUUUUCAUCUUCAUGUCGGUAACCAAGGCGAUGCCACGCUCUAUGUGGAUUCUCAGAAGGUGACAGGGUUUAUUGGAGACCAAAUAACCAUCGACUGUCACUAUAGAGGAUCUAAACAAAUAAAGUGGUGCAGGACUGGUGUUAAAGGACCAACACCCUGUAUCGAAGACUCUGGGAAAAUAGAUGAGACAAUGGUGACUAUUAAUAGAAAUACCACUGGUGUUAUUACUGUGACUAUGAGUGAACUGAGGGAGAGGAGCAGUGGUUGGUAUUGGUGCACUGAUGAAGACCUGCAGAUGCCGGUGCAUGUAACCAUUAAAGAGAGACCUACCACCACAACAAUUGCAACGACAACAACAACAGCAACAACAACAACAACAACAGCAACAACAACCAUACAGCCAACGACCAUAUCAUCCACAUCCAAACCUGUCAAUCACACAUAUGUGAGUCAAGAACCGACCACAGAACAAACUGGAACACACAGCAGCUCAUCCAAUCAUCUACUGAGUUUCAUCAUUCCUUUGUGUUUGCUGCUGCUGAUUGUAACGGUGGCCGUACUCACCUGGUUCAUGUUGAACAGACGCGAGUCACCAGCCACAGCUGAGGAUGAACAGACAGUAACGUACAGUACUGUGACGCAUGUGAGAAAAACCACAGCCCAGGACUCCCUUGGGAAAGAGCAGAUAAAUACUGAAGAUGAAGCAGACGUCAUGUACAGCACUGUGUUUUGCAUGACACAACAAAAUACACACCAGGUUGAAGACAAAGAUGAGAAUGUGACCUACAGCACAGUGGUUCAUCGCUAGUGAAAUUAUGAAAUAACUUUCUGACUUCCUGUCUACUUCUUAAUACCUUUAUCAGUCAUUUGCUGUUGUCCAUCAAACUGUAGCCUACUGCUCUCCAAAUGUACCUAUGAGGAUA